AUAAAGUUAAAAUUUGAGUUUGGGAGUUGUGGAAUUAAGGGUAACACGUGAUAAUGAAACCAAUCUUCUUAUCUCUUCUUCACUAAUCGAAUCAUCUUACGUUAUUUCAAUUUUUGUUAGGUACUCGUACUUGUAAUAAUAAUAACCCAAAAAAAAGCAAAAUUAAAUAAAAAUCACGAUCUGCGUUUUCCCCUGAAACAACCAAAAAAAAAAAACAGAGAGAAGAAAAAAUGUUACAGCUGUUUUUCACGAUAGCGUUCUCGGCGGCGCCGUUAACGUUGUACAUACCGCCGGUUAGAUGUUUGACGGUGUUUGUGGAGACGAUGGAGGAGAUGGGAAUGGAAGGUAGGGUUUACAGCCGGAGACUUUUUCCUCGAGCCAGAAUUGCUUGGUCUAGGCUUCUCGAUUGCUUCUUCUCCUCUUCACGUCCUCCUCUCUCUUCUUAAAAUUAUUUUCGUCUUUCUUCUCCUUGUAGAUAUGUUUUCCCUCAAUUUCCCUUGAUCACAUAUAUGUUUUCAAUUUGAGAUUUAGGUUUUUGGUUUUUGUUCUGUUGUUGUUGAUCUUAAUAAAUGAUUAGAGAUGGAUCUGAAUCCUCUUUUUUGUUCUAAUCUUAUCUUUAUUUAAACAAA